AGCAGGAACCCUCUAGAAUCCCCAAUCCGGCAAUUCCCGCACGGCAGCGUUUCCAUCCCCCCUUUCUUCUUCUUCCAACGGCCGAAAGGGUCGUUUCGCAAGUUCUUGAGCCGAGCGGGUCGAGUCCGCGGCCAGAGAGACCAACGGAAAUCAAAGAACAGGUUCGCGAACCCCUCCGACAUCGCCCCCUCCCGUCCCGUCCCAUGGCGACGGGGGAGACCGAGCGAGGCUCCUCCGACGGCCUCCCCGAGGACAUGAUCCCGGAGAUCCUCGCCCGCCUGCCGCCCAAGCACCUCCUCCGCUCCCGCGCCGCCUGCAAGGCCUGGCGCGACCUCGCCACCGACCCCGCCUUCAUCCGCAGGCACCACUCCUUCCAGCCACGGCAGGCCCUCGUCUUCACCUACGGCGUCGGCGGCUGCCUCCAGGCCGUCGACCUCGCCACCAACAAGCGCCGGACGGUCCUGCGGGUCAUCCAGAGGGUGCCCCCGCCCCGCCCCUUCGCCGACGGCGCACUCAUGGUCCACGGCUCGUGCGACGGCCUGCUCCUCCUCAGCUUCCACAGGUCCUUCUUCGUCUGCAACCCUGCCACGCGCCAAGGCGCCCGCCUGCCGCUGCUGCUUCAGGAUGGCCGAGAUGUCCUGGGGUUCUACCAGCACGCCGCUUCCGGGGAGUACCGGGUGCUGUACCACGAGGCUGGGGGCCUGGGCCUCCAGAUGUCGCACACCUACUACGUCCUCACGGUGGGAUCCCCGCAGGCCAGGAGCAUCGACCUUCGCACGUCGUCGGCUGAAGUGGGCGCCGGGCUGAUGGGAGGGCUGGAGCGCUCUUGCACAUCGCCGCCCGUCCUUCUCCAUGGCAGCCUGCACUGGUCGCCGCAACUGAGCCAAGGGGGCCACAUACUGGUGUUCGACCAGGCUGCUGAGUCAUUCAGGCGGAUCUCUCCUCCCGCGCAGGCGAUGCUGACCAAGGACGACCACACGCAGCUGUUUGAGAUGGAGGGCAAGCUUGUCAUGUUCUGCUCGCCCCAAUUCGCAAAGAACUUGGCGGUUUGGUUCAUGGAUGACUACAAGGAGAUGCGCUGGGUCUGGAAGUACUGGGUUAAGCUGUCCUUCAAGCUUGCUUAUCAACCUAUACCGUUGCCACCUUGUCCGAUUGUCCUGUACCAGGAGGGGGAUAUGCUGGUGCCGGAGGAAGUCUCUGACAAGGUGUUGCAUUGUGAUAAGACGGGUAAAUCGCUGGGGCCUGUUGACUGCUCUGCUGGGGGCACCAGAGUUACUCCACAUAUGCUCAAAGAAAGCCUUGUCCUCCAUGACUUCCUUCAGAUGCAGCGGAAUGAUGGUGCCUGUGAAUGGUUCUCCGAGGUCGAGUUCGCUGAUGGCUCGGAUACUGCAAUCGCUGGUGAUGAAACCCAAACUGAUUAGCUUCUUCUGAUCAGUUUGACCUAUUUGAACAGUUUGCCCCAUUCAUGAUUCGCGCAGCGGUUACAGAGGUUCACAGAUAUUGAUUCCUUCUUUCUCUUUUAAUACGACAGCAGGGGUUUCUUGUAGUCUGUGCAAUUAUAUCGUGUUAUGUCUCAGUACAAUGUAUGUUGGAUAUUGCAUGUUUUCCAUAACAUGGAUUUUGAACGAA